AUGAGGUUAUUCUACUACAAUAAACAAAUAGCAAACUAUCUAAUUAAGAAUGAGAAGUAUGUCUAGGCUACGCAGAUUUUGCUGAUACUAUUUACAGUAAGGGUAUUUUAAUCAUAUUCCAAGGUUAUGUUUUAGCAAGAUUAAAAGAAAGAAUCAAAUAUUUUGAUAUGGCGAUAAAUUAAGACUCAAAUCAGAAGCAUUAUUAUGUUAAUAAAGCAACUACUUUAUCUGAUGUAAAAUAAUAUGAUAAUGCUUUGGAAAAAAUAUAAUUUGCUCUCAAAAAUUGAUUUUCAAUAUCUUGAUGUAUAUUAAGUAUUUAAUAUUAAUCAUUUACAUUAAUAAGUAGAUAUAUAUAUAUUUGCUAAUCAAAACAAUAUGAAAAGGUGGAAAAAGCCUGUGAUUAAGUUUUUAUAUUAGAUAGUUAAAACUAAUAUGCAUUAAAUUGCUAAUAAGAAAUCCCAAAGAAAAUAUCUUAAAAAUAACCACAGGUCUCAUAGGUGUAAAUUUCAGUAUAGGAUUAAUUUAAAGAAGGUUUAAUCAAAUCCUAAGAUUAUAGUGCAGAAGUUGCAAGUAGAAUAACAGAACACUUAAGCUUUGAGUCUCUUAAAUUUAGUUUU